AUGGCAAUCUCAACAAUUCCGGCCGUGAAGAAAGUAAAGAGGGUGAAUCUGGGACAAAAAUGGGGAAGCUUUAGUUCUACAAUGGCGGCACUGAUGUUUAUCUGGACCAUAUACAAAAGCUACUUCCCUUCUCAACUCCGGAGCUUCAUGAAGAUGCUAAAGAGGUUUGUUUCUCAAUACAUCCAGAUUAGUUUCCCUCAGUAUCAAGGAGAAGGUUUUCAGCUUUAUCGAACUCCAGCCUAUCAGGCAAUUGAAAGAUAUUUGCAUAAGAAAUCUUCCGAUCAAGCCCAGUUCCUGACGGCCCGGGUUGCCCCGAAUUCAGAGGCCAUUGUCCUUGGCAUAGAGGACAAUGAAGAAGUCAUUGAUGAAUUUCAAGGUAUUAGGACUUGGUGGGCUUCCAGGAAACAAAACAUUUCUAACAGGCAAUCCAUUUCUUACAAUCAUAGUGCAGAAGAGAGGAGAUACUUUAGGCUCACUUUUCAUAAAAAGCACAGGGAAAUUGUAACAAUUGUGUACUUGAAACAUGUUUUGGGUGAAGCAACAUUUGAUACUCUGGCCAUGGAACCAGAGAAGAAGAAGGAGAUUAUGGAUGAUCUGAUCAAUUUUAGUAAGGCGAAAGAGUUUUACACGAAGAUUGGGAAGGCUUGGAAGCGCGGAUACCUGCUUUAUGGUCCUCCGAGCUGA